UUUGCAUUCGACAAAAGAGCGCUGACAGCGCUGCGCUGCGCGCGGUGGACUCAGCUGUUGUUGAACGUGGCUGUGCUUGCGCGAACACUUCCCGCUGAAGUGUUCCACAUACAUUCGCGCGAUAAAAAUGAUAGCGUAGUAAGUCCCAUCAUCGGUUGAGACUCGUGUCAGUAGGGGGCGAAAUACUGCAGCGUUCCGUUAGCGAAAUGUCCGUGUGAAGUCAUCGACUGCUAAAUCAUGAAGCUGGCGCUUGUUUUUACGCUCUUCGCUUUCGUCCUGGAUUCUACACGUCAGCAAGUAACAGGGCAGGCCAACGACAGCUCGCUCGUUUUGCUACAAGUGGUGUACAGACAUGGGGACAGGACUCCAAUUAAAACGUUCAAAAAUGACCCUAUCCCCAUCACAGCUUGGAAAGAAGGCCCUGGGCAACUGACCAAGGUUGGAUGUCGGCAGCAUUAUACCCUGGGAAGCCACCUGAGGUCACGUUAUGCAAACUUUCUUACUGGUAACCCUCACCAUAUCCGUGUCUGGAGCUCGGACAGGGAUCGAUGUUUGGCGAGCGCGCAGUGUCAUUUGGCCGGAUUUGCUGUGCCUUCUGCGGAAUGGGCCUGGAAUCGGACUUUCGAUUGGCAACCUGUUGCCAUACAUACGCGUCCAACUUUUGAAGAUGGGAUGCUUGUUCCAGGAGAUGCUUUUUGCCCUGAAGCCAAUGCAGAAGAGGAACGAGUGAAGAAUUCUCCUGAAGGGCAGGCUUUUCUCAAGAAAUAUCACAAACUUUAUGAAACACUUACGGAAAAAACUGGAAACAUUAUUGCAGACUGGUUCGAUGCUGAAUACAUAUACGAUACUCUUCUGAUUGAGAAAUACUAUAAUUAUACUGUGCCCAAGUGGGCUGAAGAAUUGUGGAAAGAUUUGAAGUAUCAGAGUGACCAGUGUUUUGUCUUCCGCACCAAGACUCCUCUUCUGAAGAAACUGCGUGCAGGGCUGCUGGCCGCCAAUAUGUCUGGUAACCUGGAGGCAGCAGCUCGAAACAUGUCGAAUUACAAAGUCUUCAUGUAUUCCACACACGAUACUGAAAUUUCGGCCAUCCUGGAUGCCCUGGGUGUGUUUGAUGGCCACGCCCCGCCUUAUUGCUCCACCCUUGUGCUCGAGCUAUGGAAAAAUGGACCAGGCAAUUUCUCCGUGCGUGGGCUUGCACUCAAUGCAUUUGACUUGGAACCUCGGCCUUUUCAUUUUCCUGGCUGUGAGGGCGAGUUUUGCGCCCUGGAGGAUUUUCUCAGCUUGGCCAAGGUGUACAUUCCAGAUGACUGGCGGCGAGAUUGCGGCCUCCGUCGAUCUUUCUUCCUCUCUGAUGGAGCAUUGGCAUUGGUGAUUGGGCAGAGCGCCAUACUGGCCAUUGUGGUGUUCAGCUGCACUGCCUACUGUCUUCUGCGGAAGCGCAAGACCCCCAAAAAUAUGGUGGCUUACUCGCCACUUCCCACUGAAUUUACGACGACCAACUGAGCAGAUUUCAUGCCGAGGAAGGUUAUCAGAUGUUCGGGAACUUGUGCAUGCCUUGCCAUGGCUGCACACUAGAUGGACAUUUUGUGGACCAGACAGCCUUUCUUUACCCUGGCAUUGUCCACUCGGAGGAAAGCUAAGCACGCACAAUGAAAAGAGCAGGCCCACCAAUGAGCUACAUUCAGGCCAUAUACACCAUAAUUUAGUGAGACUUUCAUGGGUCUGGCAUUUUUGAAAAGCAGGUACAGGUUGAUACCAAAUAUUGAAUAUUCACGUUCAUAUGUAUAGCGCCAGUGGGGACACUAAACACUACUGCACAUCCACAAAUAUGUACAAGCAAGGUAUUGAACCAUGCGACAGCCUAUUUAACUGACUGUCCUCAAAAAACAAAAACAAAAGCGGAGUCAUGCAUAUACUGCAAGUAUUAUCUGGCAUGACUCACUAUCUCGUAUGAUGAACCCUAAAACCAACAUGGCCAUAUAAACAUGGUAUCUUGGCAGGCAAGUGUGCCCACUGAUAAGCUCAAGGACUUAGUGGCUGUCCAUGAGACAUUUCUGAAAGGGAUAUUAAGACGUGGUUGGCACUUAUGUACAGAAUAAUUGUAACUUACUAAAAAGAACUUCAGAAAUGAAGUCUUGGUCUAUUGAUUUUAUUAGAUGUAUAAUAAUGUUUGAGCCUCUAGUAUUCUCCCUAUAGUGAUGGGUGUUCUGACACGGUUUAGGCGCUUUGAUACUCUUAGUCAUUAUGUGGUGAUGUAAAAAAUAAUGUGCCUGCGCACAGCCAUGCAAACGUCUAAAAUGUGCUCGUCAGUGAAAUAUUAUUGGGCGCACAUGGCUUUACAUGGAGCUCUUUUAUUACUUCCAUAUUUUACAAUAGUCUCGUGAUAUGUUGUUGCAUGUUACGUUGUGAAAAUUGUUGUACAUAUUACUUUCCUGGUAUUGCUCAAACCUGACUUACUUUUUGCCGGUGAAGAGCACUUAUAAGUUUGACGUAAGUUUGGAGUGCAGUUAUUUAGGAGUCAUAUUUUCAGUAUUGAAAUUAACUGAGAACCUGUUCUACAGUUUUGCAGAACAUUAUUUGAUGUACUUUCUUAAGGCAACUUAUAAAUUAUUUGUUUUUUACUAUUUGAUGCAUGUACCUAUUAAUUCGCACAACUAGCAUGGGCAUUAAUUAAUGUAUUUUACAUUCAACACACAAAAUGUAACUUUUUAUGAGUACGGAAAAUGUAUUGUGGGAUUAUAAAAAUUUUAUUAAAGUGUUUAAAAAAAGAA